CAACUUCUCUUCAUUAUCUUAUUUGCUAUUUAUUUAUUUUUCUUGUAAGCUACUAUAUUGCUUCUUCUUGUUCCAACAAAAACAUGGUGGUGGCUCAUCAGCCUUCUAAUAGACAAGAAAAAGAGCUUCCCAUCAUAGACCUUAUGGGGGAGAGAUCACAAGUGUCAAAGCUUAUUGUCAAAGCCUCUGAAAACUUAGGUUUCUUCAAAGUUAUCAACCAUGGUGUCCCUCAACAUGUCAUCAAAGCAAUGGAAGAUGAAAGUUAUGACUUCUUUUCUAAACCGACUUCUCAAAAACAGCGUGCCGGACCGGCAAAUCCUUAUGGUUAUGGUUGCAAGAACAUAGGAUUCAAUGGAGAUCAUGGAGAAGUUGAAUAUUUGCUUCUUCAUACCAACCCUUUAUCCAAUAAUACUAUUUGCAAUGACCCAACCCUCUUUAGGUGUGCAGUGAAUGGUUACGUAGAAGGAGUUAGGGAGUUAGCAUGUGAAAUAUUGGAGCUGAUGGCAGAGGGAUUAGGGGUCCCACGUACGUCAGUGUUAAGCAACUUCCUUAGAGACUCACAUUCAGACUCUCUUCUUAGGCUCAAUCACUAUCCUCCUCUUGUACAACUUGUCAACAAUACUAAUAGUAUUGGAUUUGGAGAACAUACUGACCCUCAGAUCUUGACCAUCUUGAGAUCCAACGACGUUCCUGGACUUCAAAUCUCACCACGAGACGGUUUCUGGGUCCCUGUCUCCCCUCACCCUUCUACUGCUUUUUGUGUCAAUGUGGGUGACGCACUACAGGCACUAACUAACGGAAGGUUUUUGAGUGUGAGGCAUAGGGCUAUGGUGAAUUCCUGUAGGAGGAGGAUGUCAAUGGCUUACUUUGGUGCUCCAGCACUCAAUGCCAGGAUAGUUUGUCCCCCUGAGUUGCUCUCGCCACACGAACCUAAUCUGUACAGGCCUUUCACUUGGGAUGAGUAUAAGAAAGCUACUUAUUCCAGGAAGCUUGGAGACACUCGCCUUCACUUCUUUAGAGCACAAUCAGAUCAUGAUGAUCUUACUGAAUGAUCUCAAUACCUUUAUUACAAGGAAAAAAAUGAGGCUUGAAUGGUUCUGUAGAUCCCCCAAAAGGGGAGUUUUGUUUCUGUCCAUUCCCUCUCUGUGUUUGGUUAACUAGGUUUUAGGUACAUUUUACUUGGACUACUAGCUUUAAUGUGAUUUUCUCUUGUACUUUGAUGAAGCGUAAAUGCAAUUUCUCUUUGGUUUCCACUU